ACUCGUAACGGGGAAUGGGGGCUGUGGUACCGCACUCGUAUGUGUUUCCCUACCGGUGAUUUAUAACACGAUCGUCUCUUAUUCGUGGAAAAUAAAACCCUAUAACGACCCGAACUAGCGGCCUCCGUCUGCGGCUCGACUUUCUAGCGUAAACUACCGGGACAGACCAUGAAUUAAACAGAGCCAGCCCGCUGCCGUACAGCGUAGGGCAGCCCGGCGUGCUGUAGAGCAAUGCGUGUGAUUCGUAACUACAGCAGAACCGUUUCUUCGUUCUCAGUUUGCAACAGUGUUGCUGCUGCAUUCAACAUAAAACAACACGCGGGAUCAGUCUUCACGAGUGGGAACUCCCACGCUGAAUAGUAAGGAUGGCCGCUCCGACCCUGUUGGUCCUGUUCGGCAGUCAGACCGGGACGGCUCAGGACACGGCCGAGCGGAUUGGACGACAGGCACAGAGGAGGCGGUUCCAUGUCAGGGUUGAGGCUCUUGACAGCUACAAUGUGGUCAGCCUGAUCUCCGAGUCUCUGGUGGUGUUUGUCUGCUCGACCACAGGCCAGGGCGACCCUCCUGACAACAUGAAGAGUUUCUGGCGGUUCCUGUUCCGGAAGUCUCUCCCGGCUGGGUCUCUCUGUCGCCUGGACUGCGCUGUGCUGGGGCUAGGGGACUCCUCCUAUCCCAGGUUUAACUUUGUGGCCAAGAAGCUCCACAAGCGUCUGAUCCAGCUGGGAGCGAACCCCCUGCUGCCAGCAGGACUGGCUGAUGAGCAGCAUGACCUGGGACAGGAUGCGGUGAUUGACCCCUGGCUCAGUGCUUUCUGGGAGAGGUCCCUGGAGCUCUACCCCUUGCCUGCUGGAGUGAGCGUGCUCAGUGAGGACGUCCUACUGCCCUCCAGGUAUGAGCUUCACUUCCUGGAUGAUGUCACAAACGGACUGUCGCAAGAACCACCUGCCCGGGACACGCCCCUCUCAGCCCCGCCCUCUCAGCUCCACCCUUUUCUGGUGCGGAUGGUGUCCAAUCGGAGAGUGACGCACGCCUCUCACUUCCAGGACGUGCGGCUCAUAGACUUUGACGUCACCGGCUCCCAGAUCCAGUUCUCAGCGGGGGACGUGGUGAUGAUUCAGCCCCAGAAUUCCCCCGAGGAUGUGGAUCAGUUCUGCCAGCUCCUGCACCUCGACCCAGAUCGAUUCUUCACCCUCACACCCAGAGACAAUGCCCCGGUCCCAGCCCGGCUGCCCCAGCCCUGCUCGGUGCGGUUCCUGCUGGAGCGUUUCCUGGAUAUCUCCAGCGUGCCCAAGCGCUCCUUCUUCGAGCUGCUCGGGGCCUUCGCCACCAAUGAGCUGGAGAGGGAGAAGCUGGUGGAGCUGAGCUCCAUGCAGGGCCAGGAGGAGCUGCACAGCUACUGCACCCGGCCCAGGCGCACUGCCCUGGAGGUCCUCAGUGAUUUCCCGCACACCACGGCAGCCCUGUCUGUAGAGUAUCUCCUGGAUCUUUUCCCUGAAAUCAAGCCACGGUCCUUCUCCAUUGCUUCCUCGCUGCAGGUCCACCCGGGGCACAUACAGAUCCUGCUGGCCGUCGUGACGUACAAAACACGAAUUCACAGACCGCGACGGGGCCUCUGCUCCACCUGGCUAGCUUCCCAGGAUCCAGAGCAGGGUGUGGUGCGGGUCCCUCUCUGGGUGAAGAAGGGAGGGCUGAAGUUCCCCACCGACAAAGACACCCCCGUUAUCAUGGUCGGACCCGGCACUGGAGUGGCCCCCUUCAGAGCAGUGAUUCAGGAGCGGGUUUUGGAGGGCAGGAGAGGUAACUACCUGUUCUUCGGCUGUCGUCAGGAGUCCAUGGAUUUCUAUUGCCGCUCGGAGUGGGAGGAGCUAGUGAGGGCAGGGUCUCUGACUCUCUUCACAGCGUUCUCGAGGGACCAGGAGGACAAGGUGUACGUGCAACACCGCGUCAGGGAGCACGGCCGCCUGCUCUGGGACCUCAUUGUGAACAAGAAGGGACAUUUCUACAUCGCAGGCAAUGCAAAGCAGAUGCCGGCUGCCGUGACGGACGCCCUGAAGACUGCGUUUGAGUCGGAGGGGCGGCUCUCAGCCGCGGAGUCAGAGGAGCUGCUGGCUGAGCUGGAGAGACAGGGCCGCUUCCAGUCUGAGACCUGGUCCUGAACUGAAGAGACUGGGCCGCUUCCAGUCUGAGACCUGGUCCUGAACUGGAGAGACUGGGUCGCUUCCAGUCUGGGACCUGGUCCUGAACUGGAGUGACUGGGCCGCUUCCAGUCUGAGACCUGGUCCUGAACUGGAGCGACUGGGCCGCUUCCAGUCUGAGACCUGGUCCUGAACUGGAGAGACUGGAUCAAUGCAACCCAGUGAGCAGCAUCUGAACCAACAUUGAAAAUACAAACUGUUUUACAAUGUGCCGUCCCAACCUGAUGAAAGAUUGCUACACAUUUGAAAUCUUAAAACCUCUUUCAAAUAAAGAAAAGGGCAGCUAAAAAGUC